AUGGAUGGAUUUUUAAAAACCAAUGAAAGACAAAGAUUAGCCAAGGAAAGAAGAGAGGAACGAGAGAAAUCACUUGCUGCCAGAGAACAGCAGAUCCUAGAGAAAGAAAGAAGAGCUAAACUCCAAUAUGAAAAACAAAUUGAAGAGCGAUGGAAAAAGUUGGAGGAACAAAGGCAGAGAGAAGACCAGAAGAGGGCUGCUGUUGAAGAGAAGAGAAAACAAAAGCUCAGGGAAGAAGAGCAACGCCUAGAAGCCAUGAUGCGACGGUCCCUGGAGCGAGCGCAGCAGCUGGAGCAGAAGCAGAAGCGGUGGUCUUGGGGAGGAGCGCUAGCUUCCAGCUCGGGCUCUUCAGAAAGGGAUGGUGAAUCAGAAAAUACCCCACCCCCUCUCCUAGGUUUAGCAGCCAGCACCCUUCCUCCAGACCCUGUGACCUCUGCCGCUGCUACUGAUGACUCCAAUGCAUGUGACAAACUUUCAGCUUCUACAAUGAAUCUUCCAAAGCAGUUGGAGUCACCCAUCAGUAAGCGUCUGUCUUCCUCCACGGCAGCAAUUACUUAUUCCUCUGAUAAAGCCCACCGCAUGCACCUUAGUCCACUGGAAAACUUUAUUGUUAUGCGACUGUUGACCCCCACACAGUCUUCUUUAGCCAGAAACCGAAGCACACUCAUGCUUUAUCAGCAGUCCAUUGAUUCAGUUUCCCCUAUCUGUCCUCGUUUAGCCCCAGGUAGCCCUUUUAAGUCUCCCCACAAAGCCUCUCCUGCCCGUAUCCCAGAGAGAAGGAAGAUGGCGGCCUCUGGUGCUGGGGAUGCCCCAAGAGGAGCAGUUUCGAUUGAACAGACUGAGAGAGUAAAGAAAGAAAAGCGAGCUUCAGCAUCUGCUUCCUUAACUGGCCUUGGAUCUCCAUUAAGAAGAUCUGAUUCUCCAUCAACUAAGAGACCAUCCUCUCCUGCAGUAUCUAAAACAUCUUCAAAAACAUACCCGCAAUCUCCAAAGAAUAGCAAACCAUACCAAGGAUCCCCCAUUAAAUACCGCAGCCCCAAUUCUCCUAGCCAAGAAACUCCAAAGAAGAAAGCGGACAAAGAGAAAGCAAACAAGGAAAAGGAAGGAGCUUUGAGUCAGAAAGCCCAUGGAGCCCAUGGAGAUCAGAUAGGUGAGAAGCAUCUUGCAGAAAAAUCCAGUCCUGCCUCAGGAAAAACCGAAGUUGGUGAAGGGAAGUUCAUCGCUGGAACAACUGAUGCAGAAGAAGCCUCCAAAAUCCUGGCAGAGAAGAGGAGGCAAGUUCGUCUACAAAAAGAGCAAGAAGAACAAGAAAGGCAGGAGAGAGAAGAGCGAGAGAGGCUAGAGAGAGAAGAACUGGAAAGAAAGGCAGAACAAGACAGAAUUCUCCAAGAACAAGAAGACCGUAAGAAGGAAGAAGAAAGAAAGCAAAGAGAAGAAGAAGAAAAGAGAAAAGAAAAAGAAGAAGCCCAGAAGAAAGCUAUGGAACAACAGCUUUUAAAAGAGCAACAAGAGAAAGAAAAACAAGAGAGAGAACAGCAAGAAAGAACCAGAAUUGAAAAGCAGAAAGAGGAGGCAGAAGCUAAAGCACGGGAAGCAGCUGAACAGAUGCGUCUAGAACGAGAACAAAUCAUGCUUCAGAUAGAACAGGAAAGACUGGUGAGAAAGAAGAGAAUAGAUGAAAUCAUGAAGAGGACAAGGAAGAGUGAUGUUUCAACAGAGGUGAAGAAGGAAGAGCCUGCAUUGGAGACUCAGCCCAAACAAGAAACUCGGCCAAUUUUGAAUGUGGAAAAUAAAUCAAAGCCUGUUGUUGUACAGAGUAAAGUAGAAAUCAAUGGAUUAACCCCCUACCAAGAAACUAAUGGUGUGGGACACUCUGCUCCUGAAACUAUCUCCCAGGAUGUCUUCUCUAAUGAUCUUAAGCCAGUGACAGGACUUAUACAUCUGGAUGCCCUAGAUGGGAAGCUGAGCAGUCUGGAUGAUUCCACGGAUGAGGUUCAGUCUAUGGAUGUUAGUCCUGUUUCAAAAGAAGAACUUAUCUCCAUCCCAGAAUUUUCACCAGUGAAUGACAUCAUUCCCGGCGUUUCUUUGGAACAGAAUGGAACCAGUAAUGCUACAGCCAUUGAAGAUCUUUUAGAUUUCACAGGCCCCCCAACUUAUCCCAAGAGAAGUGAAACCCUUGCCCUGGAUGACUGUAACAAAAAUUUGAUUGAAGGAUUUAACAGUCCAGGACCAGAAAAUACACUUAAUACAAUAUGUUGAUGAAUACAGUAUGCUAUAAUGUAAAGAGGAGUAUAUGAUGGAAGAAAUACAGACCUGUGAUGCUGCUGGCAGUAAAAUAUGAAUCGUUUAUCAUCAAAGAAGCUUCUGCAGUCCUUGACCACUGGAUUCCAAUAAUUAGAACUGAAUGUAAUAUUGUGUCUUCUCAAGGGUUCUAUCUGCCCUCAAUGGCUAAAAGAAAAAAGAAAGAAAGAAAAAUAUAGAACUUGACUCUUAACCCUUGAUUGGUUUCAGGGAAGCUUCAUUGAGCUGUGUAUUAAAGCUUUGACUACUAAUCUAGUACUUAAGCUAUUAUCUUCAUCAUUAUCUGAAGAAUAUCAAAGACUUCAACUUGUUAGUUCAUUUUAUAAUCAUUCUUCAUAAGUUGGGUCACAUAAAUAUCUAGAUGCUUUUCUUGUAAAUACAUUUAACAUUUAUCACGUUUACCUGAAGAUCACCUAAAAUAUCCUGGACUUGAGCAGCAUGCCUAUCCUUGUUUAAAUGGGGGAAGGCAUUCAAGAGAUUACUUCCUACCAUUUUCUCUCCACCCUUCCUCUCCCUUCAGUCAUGCUUUCUUUCACUGAAGACUUUGAAAUGAGUUUUCAUUGAGGAAACAUAGCAUGCUUUACUAUAUAGUUGCUAUAAUUGAGAAGCCCUUCUGGCUGCUGUUGUUUAUCCAGUUAGAAAAUAGCCAAUAUGUUCUGUUCUUUUUUUGUUCUCUUUUUGCUUUUUUUUUUUAAAAAAAAUCUAUUGAUCUGGUGAGAAGAUAAUUCCUACCUUCUCAUAAUUACUCCCAUCUGCCUUUGCAGCUGAUUGUAACAAGUUAGCUUUCACAUUGUACAAUGGUUUCUGUUUCUGACCACAGUGUUCCAGAUUGCAAUUGAAGUUUCCCGUGGAUUUGUCUAAAUAAUAUAUUUCUGAUACAAAUAGAAAAUGCAUUUGUUUCUGGCAGUGGUAAUGGUGAUGGGUUUUUGUUUGUUUUUGCUUGUUUUUUCUAUUUUAGGUUAUUGUCUCCAUCCCACCUUUAGUAAAAAUUAAAUCUAAAAAUUUCAGUGAAAACUACUAUGAGACACUGAUGGGUCUCAAAAGGGCACAGUAUUUUCACUUGCUUUAAUGAUAUCUGUCUCUGUAAUAUGUUGAAACACCUGUAUAGGAAAAUUCCCAUGAAACCUUAUCAUUGAUAACAUUUUGUGCCAUAUGAAAUGCACUUUUGUUCAUUUUAUUUCUUUUGAUGGAAAGUAACCUUCAGGCUAUAUCAUUCUUUUCUUCUUUGAGGCCUUGUUAACCUAGUACUUCAAAGGACAAGGGAGACCAAGAAUUUUAGCAGAUGUUAACAAAAAGUGGGAACAUUGAUAAUGUGGAAAAGUUGAUAGAAUGUCAUGGUCUCAGUAGUAACCUUGUCCUUGUGCUUUGAAAACCAGCAAUUGUUUAAGAAUUAAAUAGCUAAUUGUUAUUCUGUGUGUAUGUGUUUGUAUGUACAUAUAGAUGUACAGUACAUAUAUUAAAUAAAAUACAUGUCUACUAUGAUGUAGUUCCAUUCCUCUUGGUAUAUGUCAGGAGAGUCCCUUUUCCAAUGAGGGAACAGGUCCAAUGAGGAAGAUGGUACUUAGUCUUCCGAAGGAGAUUUUCCUAUCCUUUCCUCAUUGUUUAUUUUGCUGUGAUAUAUUGUGCUUGAGAAAUGCCAUGGAAGAUGUUUUACUUGGCUGGUCCUACUGUAUACUUUGGAGAGUCUUCCUUUGCAUGACAUAUGUAGCAUGUUAUAAAAGUGAAAUACAUGUUCAUUUGACGAGUCUUAA